CAAUAUAUGAGAAAGUCCAUGCAAUUGCUUUUACCCGCAGGAGUCAGAGGAGCGUGAUUUGAAUAUAAACACCUCUUGAUCCUCUAAUUCCCCCGCAUUCGUGGCCUCAUUUCUACACCUUUGCCAAACCAGAGAUUCCCUCAUCCUUGGCCGCAGAACUUUUAGGAACCCCCGCACUAUCUCCAAAACCCACCCCGCAUUCUUAUAUUUAUAUACCAACACCUCCUCCUCUCUCUCCCACCACCCACCAUGCCCUCCCGCUCCGAAAUCUCCUACUUCGGCGCCGGCCCCGCCGGCCUGCCCACCUCUGUCCUCGAAACCGCCGCCAAAUCCCUCGUGAACCACAACGACACCGGGCUCGGUCUGGCCGAGCACUCGCACCGCUCCGCGCUCGCCUCGGGCAUCCUCGAGGACACAAAGGCGCAUCUGGCGUCCUACCUCGACAUCCCCGCCGACUAUGACAUCCUCUUCAUGCAAGGUGGGGGCAGCGGCGAGUUCUCCGCUACGCUUUACAACUUCAUCGGCUUCUGGGUCGAGAAGCGCAGACUCGAGAUUGCCAAGGCACUCGGCACCGAUGACGAGGCUGCCGUAACAGUCGCCCUCAAGAAAGCCGUCGACGAGGAGCUCAAAGUCGACUACCUCGUUACCGGCUCCUGGUCCCUCAAAGCCUCCCAAGAAGCCGCGCGCCUCCUCGGCUCCGAACACGUCAACGUCGCUACCGACUCCCGCACCGCCGCCAACGGCAAAUUCGGCACCAUCCCCGAGGAGUCCACCUGGGCCCUCUCCGCGGCCCCAGCAUUCACCUAUUUCUGCGACAACGAGACGGUAGACGGUGUUGAAUUCGCCGCCUUCCCCGCCGCCAUCGACGACGGCCGCAUCGUCGUGGCGGAUAUGUCGUCCAACAUCCUCUCUCGCCGCAUCCCCGUCUCCAAAUACGCCGCUAUCUUCUUUGGCGCGCAGAAGAACCUCGGGACCGCUGGGAUCACCGUGGUGGUGAUCCGGAAGAGCCUUUUGCCGCCUUCAUUGGCGACGCCGUCGGCGAAGUUGAUGCGUCAGUUGGGUUUGCCGAUUCCGCCGAUUAUUUUGGAUUAUGCGACGAUUGCGAAGAAUAACUCGCUGUAUAACACAUUGUCAGUCUUUGAUGUUUAUAUCGCGGAUCUGGUCCUGCAGUCGCUGCUGGCUACAUACCCGAAUAAGGUUGAUGGACAGCAGGCCGUCUCGGAGCAGAAGGCUAAGGCUAUCUACUCUGCGCUCGAGGCACACCCGCAAGUCUACGAGAUCGUCCCCCACACCUCAGCCCGCUCCCGCAUGAACAUCUGCUUCCGCAUCCUCGCCCCCAAAGCCGAAGCCGAUUUCCUCACCGGCGCCACCGCACUCGGGCUCCAGGGUCUGAAGGGCCACCGCAGCGUCGGCGGUAUCAGGGCUAGCAACUAUAACAGCGUGUCUGUCACUUCGGCGGAGAAGUUGGCGGCGUAUCUGGGGGCUUUUGCUACGGGUGCGUAGGUGUCUGUGAGCUAAGUAAGAUAGGAAUGUGUUAGGUAUUGGCGUUUUUUGCUGUUUUGGGUUCGGGAGAGCAGUUUCAACAUGGGUGGGUAGAUGGUCCUUCACGACCAUCUACAGGGAGGAGAGGGUUUGAUAACGAGGGUAGAGCGGGGGGGCAUCUUUGGCCAGGUGGACAGACAUACAUAUUAAAGUACUCAUAUCACAAAAACAAACAAGUCUU